AUGUCUCUUCCUACUUGGUUAAGUCUCAAGAUUAAGUCCCCUCAUGAGUAUAGCUACAAGCCUUCAUCUAGGCUCAUUCCAUCUUCUAUUCCACCAAAGUUGAAUCUACCAUUUACAAAUCACUCUGAAUGUCCAAACACUCUAUGUCCUCCAAUAGACCAGAAUGUUGCAGCAAUAGUGUUUGGAGAUGGAUCAAAUUCAAAACUUUAUCCAUUGACAAAGAGAAGAUCAAAAGCUGCACUUCCUAUAGCAGGAAACUACAGGCUCAUUGAUGCAGUUAUCAGUAACUGCAUCAAUAGUAAUAUCAAGAAGAUUUAUGCACUUACACAAUUUAACUCUGCCUCUCUGAAUUCUCACCUUUCAAGAGCUUAUUCCUGUGCACACAUCGGAAACGAAGCAUUAGUUGAUGUAAUUGCAGCUUAUCAGAGUCCUGAAGGCAAGGGCUGGUUUCAGGGAACUGCUGAUGCGAUAAGAAGAUGUUUGUGGGUACUAGAAGAGUAUCCGAUUGUUGAUUUUCUGGUUCUUCCUGGUUACCAUCUUUACAAAAUGGAUUUCCAGGAACUCUUAAAGGUCCACUGCAACAACAAAGCCGAUAUAACUGUUGCAGUUUUGAGCAGAAGGACAGAUAAAGAUAUAGAACUUGGUACUUUCCAAGUAAAUUCUGAAAAUCAAGUCAUUUCGUUCAAAGACAAUCCGGAGAUAAGAGUAGUAUGUCUCUUUUUCCUUCUUCUCGUACUUCCAAUAGCUUCAUUUGUUCCUCAUUAUGGACUAGCUGAAAACUUUAUUUUCAGGUACAAAUCAGAUAUUUCUCAAGAUUUGUAUGCUGGUAUGGAUAUCUAUGUUGUUAACAAAGAUGCCAUGAUAAAGCUUCUUACAGAGUAUCACCCCAUGGCCAAUGACUUCAGAAGAGAAGUUGUACCAGGUGCAAUUUCCUUAGGAAUGAAUGUAUAUGCACACAAAUUCAGUGGCUACUGGGAGGACAUGAGAAGCAUUGAAGCUUACUACCAAGCAAAUAUGGAAAGCAUAAAGAACACAAAGAAGGCAUAUAGUUUGUAUGACAAAGACUCUCCCCUAUACACUUUGCCUCGACACCUGCCUCCAACUCAGAUAACUGAUGCUGCUAUAACAGACUCUGUGAUCGGAGACGGAUGCUUUCUCAAUAGAUGCAAGAUCAGAGGUACUGUCGUUGGCAUGAAGACAAGAGUAGGUGAUGGAGCGAUAAUUGAGGAUUCAGUAAUAAUGGGAUCUGAUACUUACCAAAGUGGUCGCACAGAGGAGGAUAUACACAUUCCUAUUGGAAUUGGAGAAGGCUCACAGAUAAAGAAAGCAAUAAUUGAUAAGAAUGUGAGAAUUGGCAAAAAUGUUAAGAUAUUGAAUAAGGAAAAUGUUCAGGAGUGCAAUAAUGAAGCAAAUGGUUACAUUAUCACUAAAGGCAUAGUUGUAAUAAUGAAGGGUGCCAUUAUUCCAGAUGGGAGCAUUCUGUGACAGAUAACAUCAUUCUUUCAAUGAUUUGAUAGGAAGACAUAGCUGCAGGGAGUCAAAUUGUACACUGAGAAUUUUUUGAAAUUCAUACAUUUUACUUCACUUUGGUUGAUAGUUCAGAUUUAGAUCAUACAGAAUCAUUCUGUAAUGACUUUAAUUCAUGUUAAGGGGAAUAAAGUUUCCAAAAUAUGGAAUCUUUUUAAUAAAAAAUGUCAGCUUUGUUCUUUCUGAAAAAGCACCAGUAAAGGUUGCCU